UUCAGCGCUGCUGACUUCUGGCAAAAAAGGGAGUGAACAGGAGAGGCAGACGGGGGAGAAGUUCAAGUGCAGGUUUUCUCCUUGAAACUAGAAGAUUAUGGGUCAAGAGCUGUGCGCCAAGACUCUGCAGCCGGGCUGUCGCUGCCAUCGCUGUGGGGAGGGAGGCGAUGCGCCCCGCUGCCCAAGGAGCGCGCCGGGGACCACCGCCGAGGCUGCCAUCCAGCUAACAGACCUAAAAGAAGCAUCAUGUUCCAUGACUUCAUUUCACCCCAGGGGACCUCAGGCUGUCCAUUCCCGGAAGUUCAAGAGCAAAAGGCCUCGAAGUAACAGCGAUUCUUUUCAGGAAGAGGAUCUGAGGAUGAGUGUUCAGUGGCAGAGGAAGAACCUCCCUUUUGGGGCAGCCUCAUCGUACUUGAACUUGGAGAAGUUGGGUGAAGGUUCUUAUGCUACAGUUUACAAGGGGAUUAGCAGGAUCAAUGGACAAUUAGUGGCUUUAAAAGUCAUUAGCAUGAAUGCAGAGGAAGGAGUCCCAUUUACAGCUAUCCGGGAAGCUUCCCUCCUGAAGGGUAUGAAGCAUGCCAAUAUUGUGCUCCUGCACGACAUAAUCCACACCAAAGAGACGCUGACAUUUGUUUUUGAGUACAUGCACACAGACCUGGCCCAGUACAUGUCUCAACACCCAGGAGGACUUCAUCCUCAUAAUGUCAGACUUUUCAUGUUUCAACUUUUGCGGGGCCUGGCGUAUAUCCACCACCAACACGUUCUUCACAGAGACCUGAAACCUCAGAACUUACUCAUCAGUCACCUGGGAGAGCUCAAACUAGCUGAUUUUGGCCUUGCUCGAGCCAAAUCCGUUCCCAGCCAGACAUACUCCUCAGAAGUUGUAACCCUCUGGUAUCGUCCUCCUGAUGCGUUGCUAGGAGCCACAGAAUAUUCCUUUGAACUGGACAUGUGGGGUGCAGGCUGUAUCUUCAUUGAAAUGUUCCAGGGCCAACCUUUGUUUCCUGGGGUGUCCAACAUUUUGGAACAGCUGGAGAAGAUCUGGGAGGUUCUAGGAGUCCCUACAGAGGAUACCUGGCCUGGAGUUUCCAAGCUACCUAACUACAAUCCAGAAUGGUUUCCAUUGCUUAAGCCUCAAAGCCUUCAGAAUGUCUGGAACAGUUUGGGCAGAGUCCCUGAAGCUGAAGACCUGGCCUCACAAAUGCUAAAAGGUUUUCCUCGGGAUCGAGUCUCUGCUCAGAAAGCACUCAUCCACGAUUACUUCCGAGACCUGCCCCCUCAGCUGCACCAGCUUUCUGAUGGGGAAUCUUUGUUUACUGUGUCAGGAGUGAGUCUCAAGCCAGAAAUGUGUGACCUUUUGGCCUCCUACCAGACAGGUCACCAUCCAACCCGGUUUAGCAAAUGUUGGUGACAAGAAAGGGCAAGAUCAACAAGAUCCUUCCAGGAAAUAAAUGGAUGAAUGCACUGGGCUACAUCUGAACAAUGGAAAAUUAUUUGAUAAUAUAAAGAAAUGAGCUCUCAAGUCAUAAAAAAGAAAUGGCAAACUUAAAAGAACUGUAUUGAAUAAGGGAAGACAGUCUUUUUUUUUCUUUUUGGGUCACACCUGGCAAUGCUCAGGGAUUACUCUGGCUAUGCUCAGGAAUUACUCCUGGUGUUGCUCGGGGGGACCUAUAUGGAAUGCCUGGCCGUGUGGGAUGCCUGGGAUCUAACCCUGUUUGAUCCCAUGCAAGGUAAACACCCUACCCAUUGUAAUGUUACUCUGGCCCCAGGGAAGACAAUCCUAAAAGAUUACAUAUUCUAUGCAUAUGUAACUGUAUGACAUUCUGAAAAAAACAAAGCUGAGGAAGUAAUAGAGACAAAAUCCUAGUUGUCAGGUGUUCAGAGAAAGGGAAUGAUGAAUAGGGGAAGAACAUAGUGAUUUUAGGACACUGAAACUACUCUGUGUAGUAUUAAAAUGGUGAAUACAUAUCAAUAAAGUUGUUAAAACCCAUAAAAUGUACAAUAUAAAGAAUUAAUCCUAGUGCAAACUAUGGACUUUGAGUGAUAAUGAUGUUCAUUAUUAGUUGCAGGAAAUGUACUUGUCUAUAAGAGGAGAUUGAUAAUGGGGAAGGUAUGCUUGUGUAGGGAAAUGGGACACAUUGGAAGUUUCUAUAAAUUUUGCUCAAUAUUGCUAUUAACUUAACAUUUUUCUAAACAAUACUCAGUGGAAAAAAUAAAAAGUAUAAUGAGCAAUAAGCUGAUAGAACAUUUAUUCAUGUCAAAUUUUAUCUGAUUUCAUUUCUUACCCUGUCAGCUGAAAAAUGUCAACAAUUUAUGUUAGGUUGUGAUUUAGUGACAAGUGGCAUUUGAAGUGAAUUAAUAGUAUGCCUGGCUGACCCCACCCUACCACACAAAGAUAAAACUAAUAGGUGAUAGGGAUGAAAGGACAUGUUGGUACCCCAGAGAAGGGAUUUGCUCUCUACUGAUCAGAUCAGAUCUAAAUUACUUACCACAUUUCGGAAGAAACAAAAAAAUUGAAGUAAAUACUUGUUGUGCAUUUAUUAUGUAUUUACAGAUCUACUCCUGUUUAACCCUCUUAGCAAGUUUGAGAGGAAGGGCUAGAUGGAGGUCGGUUGCUGGUGUCUGAUGGAUGCUGCUCAGACUCUGUGUGUAAAGUCUACCGUGUUCACCCCAAUCCAGAUCUGUGCGGCAUCCUCUACGGAGAGUUACUGGAACAGAGAGUCUAGGACCAAAGAACAAGAAAAAUUAGUCCCCAAAGAGAAAACACAGGGAGAGGGGAGGGCCAAGUGUUCUCAGAGAGCAAAGAGUCUGUCUUUUGCUAGGUCACUGCAGAGCCAGAACAAAUAACAUUAAAAACUCAGCCAUGUUGCUCUUGUUAUGGUGAGAAUAAUUCUCCAACAAUUUCAUCUGUCUGCCAGUGAAAUGAACUCAUCAUUGUAGUGGACUCCUUUUCACCCCAGAAGUGAGAAGGAGCUGUAGGAGGGAUUCCAACAUUAGAUAUUAUAAUUAGAUAUUAUAGCUAAUGUCUAAGGUCCUUGCUAAUUUCAAGAUUAGUCCAAUAAUGACAUUUAACUUUGGAUAUCCAAUUCUUAAAGUUAUAGUAAGUUUUUUUUGUCAUUGUAAAAAUGGUUAGACUUGUUUUACCUUUUAAAAAAUAUUUUAAAAUGGAAAUUGACUAAUAAAAACUAUUCUCUUUAAUCAUGUUAAAAAUAAAUAAUGCUGGGCAUUCAUUUUUUUUCUUUGAAAGUUAUUUGAUUUUCCUAUUUAAAAGCAUAAUCAAAUUAUACAUAAAACACCAAAACAUCACUGAAUCUUCCUUUCUUAACCUUGAAAGAAGCUUUCUUGGUGCUGGUGAGAUAGUUCAAAGGUUUAGGUGUUUGUCUUACAUGCAACCAACCCAAGUUUAAACCCCCACCCCACAAAUGGUCCUCUGAGCACUGCCAGGAGUGACUUUUGAGCGCAGAGCCAUGAGUAAGUCCUGAGCACCACUGGGUGUGGCCUCCAACUGAAAAAGGAUUUAAAAUAAGAUAUAAAUAAAAGGAGCAUUACUGAGGCCUACAGGAAUCACGCAGUGACCCAGAGGACCUGCCUUGCAAGUGUAUGAGCCACAGUAUGCAUCAAUGGAGUCUUGAAGUGCCCAGCCAGGACCUGGCAAAUUUGCUCUGCUGCAUGUGAUCCUGAGUUGCCCACAAGCAACCAUGACAGCCAAGUGUAUGUGAGCACCGCAAAGGUACAAACCUCACGAGCAUCAAAACUAAAAUGUUGUGCAAGUGCUGCAGGCAAGAAGCACAGCCCUGAUGAGAAUGUGUGUGACCAACCCUGGCAAUUUCUGCUGAACACAACGGUAACACAUUCACCUUAGGUAAAGAGUAUGAUCCCCAAGGAGACCAUUGCAUAAGCCUUGGUAAUCAUUGUGGCCAAGUGUGUAAACACUAAAACUGAUG